UAAAAAGGGGAGUUUUAGGUUUUCAGCACCUGAUGCAUAGAAACCUCUCAAAUCCAUCUCUGUACUUUUCUAAAGCUGGUACUGAGUGAUUGGUAUUUCACUGAAAGGGUUGUAAAUUGUUUUAAAUAAAUGCUAUUUCUAAAAACCUCACCAGAUGGCAGUGUUGCAUAAAAAUGGCCUUAGACUAUAUAGCUAUGAUUUUUUUUUUAGCUAUUGAUCAUUAGCUGCAUGAGGACCUGUAAUUAUCUAGCCACAAUCCACAGUGAACAGGGAGGUGAAAGGAUGAAAAUUAACUAACCAGUUGUUUGAGAGCUGUUAAGUAUGAUGGAAGGUCUCCAAUGCUUCAGGCCUGUGUCUCCUUCAGAGAUGUUGGAAACCUUGUUAAUAUACACUAACAAAGUCCCCAUGUAAGUGGAUGCUCACUGUACACAUGAUUAUUAACUUUUUCAAACCAAACACAUUUUUAAUCAGAAUUGGUGGAGCCAGCAUUGGACCGAAAAUGAAUCAUCAUCUUUCAACAGGAUAGUGAUCCAAAACGUAUCAAAUCAACACGGAAACGGUUCACUAGACGCAAAAUCAACCUUCACCGAUGAUCAUCUCAACCCAGAAACCUGAAUCGUAGAAAACGUGAGAUGAAUAGAACAUGAGAUGGGAUGAGUUAGGGAAACACUCCAUUAUUCAUUCUGUGUUCCUCACAUCAAGGCUGCUUUUUAACGUGCUUUAUUUUUUGAGGUAUUAAAUCUUGGUAAAAAACAGGUCUAAAAGUCAAAACUUUUGACUUUUAGACUAAAUACAUAGGAAAUCUACAUUUAAAGCAUUUAGACAUUAUUUAAAUUUCUAAAAUUGCUCAAUGGAUACUGAAGGUCCCAGUAAUAAUUUUCUAAUAACAGAAUAUGCUUAUUAUUCCCCUUGUUGAUCCUUUGUGACACAAAAGUCCCCUCUAGUAAAGGUGAUGCUGGAAUGCAAAAUACAUUCAGUGACAAGAUGCGCAACCUCUGCCCACAUCAAACUGGAGGGGAAGUGCUGUUUGCUGUGACGCACCGCAGUGGAGCGGUUUAUAUACAACAGCUUGUGAAAGAGUUGUUGUAAAAGCAAGUGCUGGUCCACAAUGGCGCUACUGUCUUGCACUAUACUGUUGGUCUGUCUUUCUGCUUAUUCAGGUAGGUUCAGCUUUCAUUUUCAAGUUCGUUUUAGCCGCUUUCAGUGUUGGAACACUGACCAUCUAAUGAGACAAUUUUUCUGUUUCACGGUAGAGAGCACCGUUAUUUCUCAAGAGCCUGGUGGAAGCAUCAAUUUGACAUGCUCCCCUGAUGAAUGUCCAGACAAAAUCGACGGAUACAAUUAUCUGUAUUUGUUCCAUGAGAAGGAUGAGGUCCUGUUCUUUCCUUUCACAUCUCAGAGUGAGGCUAUGCCAAGAGGAAAGUAUGAACGCAGGAUCCAGACAGACCGAUCUACCAUGACCUUUACUAUCAGCAACCUGACCGUGAAUGACGAGGGUAUCUACAAAUGUGUCUUCAAAAAAACAGAUAAAGUCUUUGUCAGUUGCAGCAUCUAUGGAGUUUUCAUAACAGAAACAAAGUCAUGUCCCAUGAUGCCUCCCACCAAAGAUUCCACCUUCGUUGUGCCAAGGACAACCUUGAUGUUGUUUAUAAUUUUAAUCUGCGUCAUCAGUGUGCUGGCCAUGUGGAUCUUCUUCUUGCUGAUCACUCCGAGGGUGAAACAAUGGUGCAUAAGGAGAAGAGCGGGAGGCGACCAGAAAGUCUCCACUGAUAAUGUGUAUGAAAUCAUGAGCAGGAACGCACGAGGCCAAGCUGCUGCUUAGAAAUUCAGGCAGUAGGUUUUUAUUGUGCUGGACUUCCUUUUCAAGAUUUACUUCUUUUUUUUUAAGCUUUAAGUUUUCUUUCAACAUUUGAAAAUUGUAAUACGACUGAACUAAUCUAUGUUUGGUUUUCAACUGUUUAAUUAACUUGUAAACUUUUGAGUUUUCUAAAAAAUAAAGCAGAAAAAUUCAAUCGAAAAAUCCCACACAGGGACAUUUUUUCCGUAUUUCCUUCAGUUCGCAUCUGUUAAUACUCAAAAGAAAUUUUAAAUGUUUUAUUUUUUUCAAAGCUAGUCGUCAAAUCUAUGAUCUACAGUGCAAGUAAGAGAGAACAAGAGUCAGACACAAUAAUGAGACCAGAUGGUUGCACAUAUUGACACAGCAGAUCUAACUGCUAGAUAUAAUAGUGGUUUACAUGUCUGUUGUUAAAAUGUCAGAUAUGUAGAAAAUUAUUUUUGUCAUGUAGCUAUUUUUGGCUUUAAGCCACAAUUUAAUUAGAGAAUUGAAAAAGUGAACGACAAAAGAAGAUUUUUCUCAGAAUCUGGUAUUUGAAGGUCCACUCUGAGUUUGGUAAUGAGUGUAUCAGAUGUGAACAGAAGGAAACCACAAGCGUCGCUGAACUGCUGUCAUCUUAAAGGCAUGUUUUUCUCACCAGAAGAGACGUUUGGUGGCACUGAACCAUGCAACGAAGCAACUUCACUGUCUUUGUUUGCAACACACACAACUUUUUAUUUCUGUUUUCUAACUUUUCAUUUUUAUGAAACAAAAUAUUUUCUUUUUGCCCAUUUGUAAAUGUUUUGCCUCAGAGACCAGAAUACAUUGUAUGAUUGCUUUGACUACUUACUCUUAUUAGGUGUGUUGGAAUCCCUGGAGGACUGAAAUGCAAUAACCUAAAAAAAAAUAAACAUUUUAUUAAAA